UUCCAAGAAUCGAAAGUGAAAGUGAAUUCUUUUCUUUUUUUUGUCGGUAUCAAAGAAAACACAUUCAAAGAAACCGCCUGCCAGGGAACGAGCGAGGAGCUCUGGUCAUGGCCAGAUCCUCCUCUCUUCCCAGUUCACUGGACUCCACUUUGCCGGGGUUCUCCCUAACGAUCCUGGGUGCAGAACUUGAGCAGAAAUACCUGUGCCGUCAGUGUAAACUGAUCCUCCGCAGACCCUACCAAGCUGGUUGUGGCCAUCGCUUCUGUGCUUUCUGCUUCAAGCAAAUCAUCAGCUCAGGACCUCAGCAUUGCCUGGCAUGUGCUGAUGAAGGUGUGGUAGAAGAUCUCUUGGACACAAAUUCGGCUUUUCCAGACAAUGCUGCCAGGAGGGAAAUCGAGAACCUGCCAGCCGUGUGUAGCAAUCCUGGCUGUGUCUGGAAAGGGAGCAUUCGAGAAUAUGAGGCCAGCCAUGAAGGGCAGUGCGAGUUCCAGCGCAUUGAGUGUGACGCCUGUAAGCAAACGAUCAGGAGCUGUGAUAAGGAGCGGCACAUGGAGCGAGAGUGUCCGGAGAGGAGCCUCCACUGCCGCUACUGCAAGACCAUCUUCAACUUCAAAGACAUAAAGGCUCAUGACGAGAUCUGCCUGAAGUACCCCAUGCACUGUGAAGGCUGUGGAAAGAAAAAGAUUCCAAGAGAGAAGUUCUAUGAUCAUGCAAAGUCCUGCGGCAAAUACAAGUCCCCUUGCCACUUCAAAGGAGUCGGAUGCCCAGUGAUUGUGGAGAACGAGAAGUUGUCAGAACAUGAGAUCCAAGGCAGCCGGGAGCACAUGAGGCUCCUCUUAGCUGCAGUCGAAAGCCUCAAGUUUCUGAAUGAGGAGAAGACCGUAUCCAACUUGCUGGCCCCACGUUCGAAACCACGUGGACUGGACUUCUGCGUGCAGAACCUGGGAGAAUGCUUGAUGGGUGGAGGUCUGUACUGUGAUCCUGAUGAAGGCUUUGCCUCCAAUAUUCUUCCUUCUGUCGACAAACCGUACAACGGGCACCAGAGAAGGUAUGACGAUCUCGCACAGAAGCUCGCCACUUUUGAGAACAUCGUCUGUGUCCUCAACCGUGAGGUGGAAAAGAAUUCGCUCACUCUCGAGGCAUACAGCAGGCAGCGUGGACUUGACCAGGAGAAGAUCGACUACCUCACCAGCAAGGUACGGCAAAUGGAGCGCUCGGUGUCUCUCAAAGACUUGGCUAUCGCCGAGAUGGAGCAGAAACUCCAGGAAAACGAGCACAGCACCCACGAUGGCGUUUUCAUUUGGAAAAUUCAUGACUUUUCCCGUAAAAGACAGGAAGCGGUUGCUGGGCGCAUGCCGGCUAUCUUCUCUCCAGUUUUCUACACCAGCAAGUACGGGUACAAGAUGUGUCUGCGACUCUACCUGAACGGGGACGGCACGGGACGCGGCACUCACCUGUCUCUGUUCUUUGUUGUGAUGAAAGGAAAAUGGGACGCCUUGCUGAAGUGGCCCUUCAAUCAGAAGGUAACCUUGAUGCUGUUAGACCAGAACAACCGAGAGCACAUCAUCGACGCCUUUCGGCCUGACAUCACCUCUUCAUCGUUCCAGAGGCCCAUCAGCGAGAUGAAUAUCGCCAGUGGCUGCCCGCUCUUCUGCCCCUUACACAAACUGGACUCCAAGAGCUCCAGUGCCUACCUGCAAGAGGAUACCAUUUUCAUAAAGGCCAUCGUAGAUCUGACGGGGCUGUGAGGCAAAACCUGGCAGAACUUGCUUGAACGUUUCGGUUGAUUUUGGUGACGCGCUGCAGUCAGGACAGACACGAUGAGGUCCCGCCCCCCUGGCGAAGCCCCGCCUCUUUAGUUCCUGCACUCAGACGUGUAAUUCAGCUUUUAUUAAACUUCUAAACUAUUGAGUUCUG